UUGUAAUAUAUUUUAGGACACAUUGCAACUACUGCAAUUAAUUUACACUAGUCAGAUUUGUCUAGCGAAUACCUUCAAGUAACGUUACAAUGGUUUGCGCGUCUUCUACCAAACAUACGUCUCUAUGACUGUUUAUUGUAAAAAUAUAAAUAAAGUUUUGCCAUUGAACACUUUACCAACCAUCACUUCUACAGCUGACGUAGUGUUGGUCGGAGCAUCGAAGUUUUGCCUCAUAACUUUAAGCAAGUGAGCAGCUGACCGACAAGGAUCCACGAUAACGGACCAGCUAAUGUUAGUCGGUAUCUUAUAGCUGGUUAACUGCCUCUAGUUAACGUUACAACAUCAAUAGGCCUACAGGAAAAUUUUAAAUCAGUCUGGUGGACAGUUGGACCUCUAAAACCAGAGAUAAAUCAUACACAUCAUGGAGGAAGAGGAAGUGACCGUGGAUGCAGAGAGUGCAGACAGCUUCACAGCCCAUGAGUAUGCAGCUCAGGCCAUGGCAGCAGACAUGGAUCCAUGGAUCGUUUUUGACUCGCGGAAGACCCCAAGGGCAGAGUUUGACCGCUGGCUUGAGUCUAACAGGCCCUCACAGGUGUCUAGAUUUGAAGGGGACGAGGGUGGCCGGGGCCCCGUGGGUUGGAUCGCCGUGCUGGGCCCUGACCACUGCCCCAACACAGGCGAUGUCGUAGGCCUACAGGAGAGCUGGGACCGGCUCCUGGCGAGUGGUCGUCAGGUCACCUUCCAGACUGUGAAGGAGCUGGCACUGAACCACGGUGUGCUCUCUGGUAAGUGGCUCAUGCACCUAGACUCUGGCUUCAAGGUGGACCAUGCCUGGGGGUGCGUGGCACGGGCUGUCUUAGAGGGCAAGAUCUCCAUGGCGAAGGUGAGCCCGCGCGACCCCAAGUCCGACAGCAAGCACAUCAUCUGCGUCUACAAUCAGUCCUUCGCGGACGAGGACCAGGUCAUGAGGUUGGACGCGGUCAUAAGGGCCACAGGAGUCAAGUGCCCGCUGUCUUACAAGCCAGACGUCUAUACUUACCUGGGAAUUUACCGGAACAAUUGUUGGAAGAUGUGCCCCACCAUCUACGAGAGCAAGUAUAACCUGGAGUGCGUGCCAAGGCGUUCCCACAUCCUGAACAAAGUCACCAACCUGGAGGUAACGUAACAUGGACAGCUUGAAGGAAAUAGCCUAACUGGUGGCAAAUUUCCCCUCUCAACUCUUGACACACAGACUUCUAAUCGGACAUGUCUGAUUUCAGCGUUUGUUGCCUCUUGUGAUUCCCAGACACUUUCUUGUGCAGCGAGUGAGUCAUGAAUACGUCAGUGUCAAGCUUGGACACUUUAGUUUUGUGUGUUUUGUCACAAAAACUUGCCACUGGGGGGGGGGACUCAAACAUAUGUGGUUCAAACAAACAUUAUUGUGUUGCAGUUUGGUUUUCAACGGAGUACGUUUAUUCCUGAGUGUUGAGAAACAGCGUUUGGCUAUUAUAUGCCAUAUCUUACAUUGUUGUUUUUUUUUUUUUUUAAGUUCUUAAAAUACACUGCCCAAUAUUGUGUAUUGAAGCCUUUGAUUUGUGAAGGGCUGCAAAGUUUUUGUUCUUUGAAAUGGUUUGCAAUGUGAAUGCAAUUGUGUUGCUUGUUUUGUGUUUGUUGUAACAGUGUGCUGUACACAUCUGCCAAAAUGAAAGUUUGCAUUGUGAGAACUGGCUCAAACAUCAAUAAAUGUAAAAUAAACUACAUCCUUAAGUCCAAGUUGUAGCCAGCUUAAAUCACCACACAAUUUAGAAUGUUUAAUAAACAUUUUAUUUGCA